AUGUCUGGGAGUGGGAUUUCGGAGAAGGAGGCCCACUACGUCCCUGAGAGAGAAAUCGCAUCUGAUUAUACACACGAUGGCCCAGUGGAAGGAGAGACCAUCAACGCCUCAGGUCAUCGUCAGGAACUCGAGCGGAACUUUGGGCUGAUCAGUAUCUGUGCCGUGGCCGUGACCACUGGUAACACAUGGAUUGCCCAAGGUGGUAGUGUCGUUGUGGCUAUCAGCAACGGUGGACUUGCAGGAACUAUCUAUGAAUUCAUCGCUGUCUCUAUUUGCUACUGGUUAGUCGCCGCAUCGAUUGCCGAAUUGGCAUCGGGUAUGCCCUCAGCCAGUGGUGUCUACCAUUGGGCAACUAUCACUGCGGGAAGCAAGUACGGUCGCGUGUGCGGAUUCUACGCUGGAUGGUGGAACUGUCUAGCUUGGAUUCUCGGCGCUGCAUCGAUGUCUUUGAUUCUGGCUCAGCAGACCGUGGCUAUGUAUGCACUGAUGCAUCCCGGCUUCUCACCCUCACAAUGGAACGUUUUUGUCAGCUUCCUCCUCUGCACCUGGACUUGCUGCUGCAUUGUGCUGUUCAUGAACCGCUUCUUGCCUUACAUUGGAAACCUCGGCAUGUUCUUUAUUCUCGCUGGUGUGUUCGUUACCAUCGUCGUGUGCGCUGUGAUGCCCCAUGUGAACGGUUCUGGAUAUGCCACCGACAAGCUCGUGUGGGCAACAUGGGAGAACGGAACUGGUUAUACCCAGCAAGGAUUUGUCUUUGUGGCUGGUAUGCUCAACGGUGCUUACAGUGUUGGAACCCCCGACUGCUCAUCUCACUUGGCUGAGGAGAUCCCUAAGCCGAGCCGAAAUAUCCCCAAGGCUAUCUUGGCUCAGAUGGGUGUCGGUUUCAUCACUGGUAUCUGCUACAUGGUCGCAAUCUUCUAUUCCAUUAACGACCUCGACGGAGUGCGCGACCCGAACACCUUCUUCCCCCUGGCUGAGAUCUAUCGCCAAGCCACCGGUUCCCAUGGCGGCGCUCUCGGUCUCCUGGUCGUCGCUUUCCUGCCUACCUUUGUUACUGCCUGUGGCUGCUACAUCACCGCCGGCCGUACCCUUUGGACCAUUUCUCGUGACGGCGCCACUCCCUUCGCAGGAUGGCUUGGACAAAUCAGCCCCAAGUUCAAGAACCCCUUCAACGCUACCCUGGCCUGUUCGGGCGUUAUCACCGUUUUGGCGUGCAUCUACCUUGGCUCGACGACCGCCUUCAGCGCCUUUGUGGGAUGCUUUGUGCAGUUGUCCAGUCUUUCCUAUUUCAUGGCCAUCUUCCCUCACAUUUUGACCCGCCGUUCAUCCUUCGUCCCUGGAUACUUCUUCAUGAACAACAAAAUCGGAUACGUCGUCAACUCCUUGUCCUGUGCUUAUAUCAUCGUCUUCGCCAUCAUCUUCUGCUUCCCUUACGCCCUACCUACUGAUGCUGCCUCAAUGAACUAUGCCAGUCUGAUGACUGGCGGUCUCUCCAUUUUCGUGACCGUCUGGUGGUUCGUCCACCAGGGCUCCUACGUGGGCCCGAAGCAUGUCCCGUUGACUGACAAGGCCCUGGCCGAUGAUGCUCGGAACCCUGCUACAUCAUCUAUCGAAAUCCCCGAAGAGUCCAGUCGUCCUACCAAAAAGCCCCGCCUCGAAGACGAACCAGCACCCAACGAUGGGCAGUCGACACCAAUAGUCAGUCGAAAGCCACUCCUACAAGUCAACAAUCGAGGAUCAGACAGUACAACCCAGUCACAAGCUGGUGAAUCAACCAAAGAUGAUACAUCCGACGAAAGAUACUUCAAUGUUCUUUGGCGCAAACCAAGCGCCAAAAAGCACAAAACAUGGGACGGAGAUGGAAUCCUCUCCACACGCGGAGAAUUCGUGUAUCUACGAGACAUUUCCGGGAAAGAGAUGGGCCGGAAGAUGCACGAAGCCCGCCUCGAGCCGGGAACAACCUUGUCUAUCUCCGGCAAAGAGGUUGAAAUAGACUCUGAGAUUUCGCGCAAGGAAUACCUCUCCGGCAGAAAAUUUUUAGAAGGCACGAAGUCAGCACCUACCUCCACGCCGGACCCGGUGCCCACACCGAAGAAAGAAGCCCUCCCCGCCCGAAAGAAGGGCGAAGUACGCAAACCCACGGCUGCUGAGCGGACACAGUCCCUCAAGCGCUCGCUAGCUCUAGUAACCAACCCCAAUGCGAACCCUGGAAAUGCACCGGCGGCGUUUGCCGCUUACAAAGCGCCGCUGCUUGUGAACACGGUUGUUCCCAAGGCUGCGGGGAAGGUCAUUCCACGCCAUGACCCCAAAGCGGUUGGUGCGUUGGUGAUGCCGCGGCCGAAGUCUGUGCCGAAGGGGAAGCAGGUUGUUGAUGUUGUUGUUGAUCCUCUCUUGACGAAGAACUUGCGGCCGCAUCAGCGUGAGGGUGUGAAGUUUUUAUAUGAGUGUGUGAUGGGCAUGCGGUCGUUUAAUGGUGAAGGUGCCAUUCUUGCAGAUGAUAUGGGCCUGGGAAAGACUUUGCAGACUAUUGCCCUGCUUUGGACCCUGCUUAAGCAGAAUCCUGUUUUUGAAGCCCCGCCUGUCAUUAAGAAGGCAUUGAUUGUGUGCCCUGUCACUCUUAUCAAUAACUGGCGGAAGGAGUUCCGCAAGUGGCUCGGCAAUGAGCGCAUUGGAGUUUUUGUCUUUGAUGAUAAGAGUAAGCGCCUUACAGAUUUCACGAAGGGCCGAUCUUAUAGUAUCAUGAUCGUUGGAUAUGAAAAGCUCAGAACGGUUCAGGAAGCUUUGGCGAAUAGUUCUGGAGUCGAUAUCAUCAUCGCGGACGAAGGCCACAGGCUUAAGACAUUGCAGAACAAGAGUGGGCUGGCGAUCCAGUCACUCAGCGCCGUGAAGAGAGUCAUUCUCUCCGGCACGCCAAUCCAAAAUGAUUUGAGAGAGUUCUUUGCAGCCGUGGAUCUUGUUAAUCCAGGCCUCCUGGGAAAUUUUAAGUCCUUCAUUCGGGAGUUCGAAACCCCAAUUGUGCGCAGCAGACAGCCAGAAGCAACGAGAAAGGAGAUUGAGAAAGGAGAGUCUAGAGGCGAGGAGCUGCGAGAACUCACCUCCAAAUUCAUGCUCCGCCGAACAGCAGAUAUCCUGGCCAAAUAUCUCCCCCGAACAAACAUCUACAAAGCCGUCCUCGCCUCCCCUAUCUUCCAAACCGCAAUGGGCAACGCUGAAAGCGCCCUGCAGCUCAUAACAAUCCUCAAAAAGCUCAGCAACAGCCCCUCCCUCCUAACAGCCAAGAACAAUGACAAUACCCCUAACGAAACAAUGGCCGCUCUCAUCGCCUCUAUCCCUCAACCCCUCCACCGCCACCUAUCACCUUCCUCCAGCGCAAAAAUUCGCGUCCUCGAUCAACUCCUCGACACAAUGCGCAACAAAACAGACGAGAAAAUCGUCCUCGUCUCAAACUACACCUCGACCCUCUCCCUCCUCGCAAAUCUCCUCACCUCCCUAGGCCUCCCCUAUCUCCGCCUGGACGGUAGCACACCAGCCCAGAAACGACAAGGCCUGGUAGACGACUUCAACCGCCUCCCAGCAUCCUCCUGCUUCGCCUUCCUGCUCUCCGCAAAAGCAGGCGGGACAGGUCUCAACCUGAUCGGCGCGAGCCGUCUCAUCCUCUUCGAUGUAGACUGGAACCCGGCAACGGAUAUCCAGGCCAUGGCACGCAUUCACCGCGACGGCCAGAAACGUCCUUGUCGCAUCUACCGCAUUCUGCUCAAGGGCAGUCUUGAGGAGAAGAUCUGGCAGAGACAAGUUACCAAGCUUGGUCUUGCGGAUAGUGUUAUGCAGGAGAAGAGCAAUGGUGGUGCGCAGUUCUCGGCUGCUGAGCUUAGGGAUUUGUUCAGACUUGAUGAGGACAGAGCUUGUCAAACGCAUGAGUUGUUGGGUUGUCGGUGUGGUGGACGCGGCGUCCAGGUUGAUUCUGGGGCUGCCACGCCUGCUACUGGUGAUGGCGGGGGUGGAUCUGAAGUCGAUGAUUUGUCGGAUCCUCCUUCUGACUUUGAUGAUGAGGACCGUGAUUAUGACUCGGAUGAAUCGCUGCCGAAACCUCACACUCUUGUCAAAGCUUCUGAGGUCGACAUGGAGAAACAAGAACAGUCUAUCCGUGACGGCUCUUAUCGAGCUAAGAUGACUAGGAAGGGGAAGAAGGAUACGAAAGAGAAGGAAGGCGAUGCUAAAAGCAAGAAAGAUACGAUGCACCAGUCCUUGGCUCAGUAUGCGCACAUUGACCCAACCCUGCUUGCGGCUGAGUCCGAUUCUACUGCUGGGGCUGGGCCUGAAGAUGUGGAGCUUGAAGCUGCCAUUGAUGACGAUGUGCUGACUACUAUGCUGAAGGAUGAGUGUAACUUGAUUGGGUAUGUCUUCAAGAAGACUAAUGGGGCGGAAAUGAAGAGUUAG